AUGCCAGCAUCUUACCCGCGCCCCGACUUCCAGCGCAAAGCUCUGAAUUGGGCAUCCCUUGAUGGGGCAUGGGACUUCAUCUUCGACGACGGCAACACCGGCCUGGCACAACGUUGGCCGCAAAGUGGCAUCCCAGCACAAGUAGAUCACCAUCCCAAACGCGAGAUUACAGUGCCGUAUGCCUUCCAAACCCCUGCUUCUGGCAUUGAUCUUCUCGAAGCACAUGAGGUCCUGUGGUAUGAGCGCACGAUCGACGACAUCCGCACCGACGAGGAGAAGGCCAAAGGCAACCGACUCCUCGUUCGCUUCGGCGCAGUGGACUAUGAGUGCUCCAUCUGGGUAGGCGGUCACUUCGUCGGUGGCCAUCGUGGCGGUCAUGUCCCCUUCGACCUGGACGUGUCGGAUGCUUUCCAGUCGGGCGCGCAGUCACAGCGCCUGACCAUGCGUGUCCGAGACUCGCCAUAUGACCUUGCCCAGCCGCGUGGAAAACAGUACUGGAAGCCCAUCCCGGAAAGCAUUUUCUACACGCCGACCAGUGGCAUCUGGCUUUCUGUCUGGAUGGAAAGCGUGCCCGCUAUGCGUUUGAGCUGUGGCAGUGGCGGGACUGUCCUCCGGUCAGAUGAUAUCGAGCGUGGUGAGCUUCAUGCGCAGGUUGCGGUAUCUGGACGGUCCCCGCAAGCUGCAUGCAGUGUUGAGAUCGAGGCUAGCCUUGGAGGAUCUCCGGUUAGCAAGAACCAGGUUGCACUCCCAGUCGAGCGAGACUGGGUCGCUCUCGAUCUGAGCAUGCAAGUACCCACGGCGGCCGAUUUACGGAAUCAAGCGCCAUUCAAUGCUGAAGGAGCCUGGCACAAGUCUGUGGCUCUGUGGGCUCCUGAGCAUCCGAUUCUUUACGACCUAGUCUUGCGUCUCUACGAUGCCUCCGGAAAGGUCGUGGACGAGAUUGAGACCACCACCGGCAUGCGCAGUCUCUCUUGGCAGACUUCAGAUGGGACCUUUCGGCUGAACGGCAAACCGCUCUUCCAAAUGCUCCUCUUAGACCAGGGUUACUGGCCGGAAACCGGGAUGACACCCCCUUCGUCGGAGGCCCUGAAAGCCGAUAUUGUGAUGGCUAAGAACCUGGGUUUCAACGGGUGCCGCAAGCAUCAGAAGGUCGAGGACCCCCGGUUUCACUACUGGGCUGAUCGGCUGGGCUACCUUGUCUGGGGUGAGAUGGCGAAUGCCUACGAGUUCGGUCGCGAUUAUAUGGAGCGGAUGAAUGCGGAGUGGACGGAGGCAGUGAACAGGGAUAUCAACCAUCCGUGUAUUGUCACAUGGACGCCCAACAACGAGAGCUGGGCCUACACCUCGUUAAAGGAUAAUAUCGAGCAGCGGAUUCACAUCCGCUCGCUGUACUAUCUCACCAAGUAUGUGUUGCAAAUCCGUCUGGCAUUGGGGAUGAAAUCGAAAGCUGACGGGGAUGAGAACAGGACGCUGGACCCCAGCCGACCCAUCAAUGAUAACUGCGGCUGGGAGCAUGUGCUCACCGACCUGACCACCUACCAUGACUACGCCGACUCCCAAGCGCUGGCAGCGACGUGCUGCCAGAUGGAAGGUGGGAUCCUUGGCCCGAAGGGUGGUCGCGAUAUGUUUACGAAGCCCAUCUAUUCUGGCCUCGCGGGCCACACCCUUGUGGAUCCUGGCGCACAGCACAAAGCCGGCGCGCCGGUGAUCUGCACCGAGUUUGGUGGCGUCAACAUUUCACCGGCCAAGGACACUCCAGCUGGUGAGCGAGACUGGGGAUACACCACCGCUACGGAUGCUGCAGACUUUUUGAAGCGGUUUGAAAAGUUGGUUAUGGCUAUUGUCAAGGGCGGACAUACGUGCGGCCUGGUGUACACGCAGCUGUGUGAUAUCGAACAGGAGGUCAAUGGGCUCUAUACCUACGAUCGGAAGGAGAAGGUCCCCGCGGCGAGGGUGAAAGCGAUCAUGGAUGCUGCUCAGGAUUAUUACUACCAGCAUGUCCAGUCGCAUGCUCCGAAGGGAUUCCGGAAACUAUUGCAUUCGCUGCACCGAGCCUAG